CCGACCAUGAAAAUAGUCUCAGGUCAACAUAAAAUAUACAUAUUGCGUCCAUCCGGUCAAUUGGGUUGCAUUGUGGCGUCAGGUCAAGCUGGGUAACAAAAUGGCGCCCUCUCCCGUGACUUGUCCACGCGUCGUUUUGUUCGCCUGAGGUGCGCAGGACACGUCACGUCACGUCACGUCCUGGCUUUAGUGACACGACCGAAUCGCACCGAAAGCAAAGGCACCCAAAUUAGCGAGUCGCAGGAGCGUCGGCAGCUGAUGUUGAAAGCGCCGUCGGAGUUUUAACUUCUACUUUUUUCCCUUUUCCGAAGGUAUCAGCUAUCAACUCGUUGCAUCAUGAACGUGUUUGAGCGCAACAUCAAUUUGGACGCCGUCUUCAAGUUCUCCCAAAUAUCUCAUUCCACCCAGCUGCACUUGAAGAAUGUCUACUCCAGUUUGGCAGCGUGCAUGUUUGUGGCCGCAGCCGGCGCCUACACGCGUGUCGUCUUGCGCCUCUUCCAGGGCGGCGUGCUGUUUGCGCUGGCGUCACUGGGCCUGAUGGCGUGGCUCGCCACGAUGCCGCACAACGCCGAGACGGAGAGGAAGAGGCUGGCCAUCCUGGCGGCAUUCGCCUUCCUCAACGGCGUCGGCCUUGGCCCCACGCUGGACUUUGUCAUCGCUGUCAACCCCAGCAUCAUCGUCACAGCCUUCAUGGGAACCUCGCUUAUUUUCAUUUGCUUCACUCUCAGCGCCCUCUACGCCAAACGCAGGAGCUACCUGUUCCUCGGAGGCACGCUGAUGUCGGGCCUGUCCAUCCUCUUCCUGACGUCCCUCCUGAACGCGUUCUUCGGAUCCGUGGUGCUCUUCAAGGCUCACGUGUACCUGGGUCUUCUGCUGAUGUGCGGCUUCGUCCUGUUCGACACUCAGCUCAUCAUCGAGAAGGCGGAGAACGGAGACAAGGACUAUGUGUGGCACUGCGUGGACUUGUUCCUGGACUUCAUCACCAUCUUCAGGAAGUUGAUGGUCAUCCUGGCCCUCAACGACAAGGACAAGAAGAAGGAGAAGAAGUAGACGAGUUGCGUGGCUGAAAACGAGUCGACCUGUCCGACGAGACUCGAUUUGCGGCGCGCUCGUUACUUCUGACUUUUUCUUAAACGAGCUCCUGCGGUCUUACGAUCUGAUUGAAAAUGAUUUGAUCUUUCUUUCCUGUCAAACUUCCGAGGGUCGAUAGUUUGUCCGUCCGUGUAAACUAAUGCUAGUCCCGGGAGCGAGAGGAGGCUAACCCUGCAGUGAAUGUUUGGCCUGUAGAGGGCAGCGUUGCGCUGUGACAUGCCCGCCUCAGUCGAGGCUUUGCUGCAGUUCUUUCGCGUCCCAAUGAUGGGCUCCCUUUUAGCGAGUUACGUGACCACAUGCAUUGAUUUGCUUCAUUUCUGAGUUUCUUCUUUUGUUUAGCUGAGUGCGAUUCGGACGCUGGCACCCCUUCCCAAAUGUCCUCGGAAGUCCUGCGUUGACUUUUCCAGAUCCCAUUUGAGGGCCUUUGCCCAAGUUUUUUGACUGCGCUUUUUCUUGCUUCUUGUAAAUUACACCAGUGUCUGAUAGUUUGCCAAAUGAAGUGAAGUUAACCUUACAUUUUCAAGCGUAUACUGUGAAAAAAAUAUUUUGUGGAUGUAAAAGGUAAAGUAAUAAUUUGAUACAUUUGCUCAAAUAAAUGUUGAAUGCACGCUU